UGGCCCUGAUUGUUUAUAAAUGAAUAAAAAGUUAACCAACGACUUGUAAAGGGCGCCCUCUACAGUCUGCUGGAAACACUGUGUCUCUAAACAAGAUGGCGUCGCCCAGGUGUGUUGCAAAUCCGGAGGGUUUGGAGUUUCAAAGAUUUCUUGACGAUGGAGUACACACUCAUUCCUCUGAUGUGCAGGAAACUGUUGAAGAGUCUGUGAGUGAAAUGUUUGAGACAUUCCUUCUAUCUCGUGAGGAUGAGCACCCUGAUAAAACAAAGCCGUUGUUACACAGAGAUAGUCACAUUAACUUCCUUCGGAAAGGCCUUCAUAAUCUGUCUGAGAACUAUGAGAGUCUAGACGCAUCAAGACCUUGGUUGUGCUACUGGAUAUUACAUAGUCUUCAUCUUCUAGAUCAACCAUUGCCCGAUAACAUUGGCUCAGGGGUGGUUAAGUUUUUAGUAAAGUGUCAGCAUCCUGAGGGUGGAUUUGGAGGCGGACCUUUACAGUUUGCUCAUCUAGCUCCUACCUACGCAGCAGUCCUGGCACUGAUGACCAUUGGAACACAAGAAGCAUAUGACGCUAUUAACAGAUCCAAGUUGCAGUCAUUCCUGAAGAGAAUGCAGACACCAGAGGGCGCUUUCCGCAUGCAUGACGGAGGAGAAGUGGAUGUAAGAGGUGCAUACUGUGCAGCAGUAGCAGCUACAAUCACCAAUGUGGCCACACCUGAUAUGUUUGAUGGCACCGCAGAAUGGAUAGCCAGUUGUCAGACCUAUGAGGGAGGUUUUGCUGGUCAGCCAGCUAUGGAGGCCCAUGGAGGUUAUGCGUUCUGUAGUGUAGCUGCUCUGGUAAUCCUUGGACAUGAGAGACUGUGUGACACAGAGGCAUUACUUAGAUGGUUAAGCAACAGACAGAUGAAGUUUGAAGGAGGUUUCCAAGGGCGGACCAACAAGCUAGUGGACGGAUGUUAUUCCUUCUGGCAAGCUGGUACUUACCCACUCAUACACAGCAUACUAGGGGCACACAACGACCAUGCACUCAGCCGAACAGAAUGGGUCUUUGACCAAAUGGCAUUGCAAGAGUACAUUCUGUUAUGUUGUCAGCACAAGCAUGGCGGGCUCAUUGACAAACCUGGAAAAGCUCGUGAUUUCUACCACACAUGUUACUGUUUGAGCGGACUGUCUGUGGCUCAACACUUUGCAGCCGGAAAACUUGCCAAUAAAUUAAUCCUAGGACCCCCUGAAAAUGAGCUGAAACAAAGUCACCCGUUGUUCAACAUCGGUCUGGAGCCGGCCUACCACGCCAACCAAUUAUUCUCUUCACUCUCAGUGCCAAAGUGAACUUAUUACAGGAAAGGCAUGAAUCGGAUGGAAGGAAAUAGUAUUAUUCCGUUCAUGUUUCUAACCUGUUUGAUUCAAAUUUGUUGGCAGUCUCAGGAGCUAGCUUGCAGUUGAUGAAGGGAUGGUUGUAGUCAUCAAAUGGGAGAGAUUCUUCGACACUAGGUGGCAGCAGACUUAUGCGGUAAAUCUAUUGUUCAUGGAAGUGUGCGGAUGCUAUUAAGGCCGUGUCCAAAAUGGCGACCUCGCCUACAGCUACGGCUAGAUCAGCGGAUCUGCAAGUGUUGAGGAAUAGGCAGAGGCGCACGAUCUAGCUGUAGAAAGUUGCGUUUCAGACACGGCCUUUUAUGAACUACAAAAUCAGUGGAAAUUUGUCUGCUGCCACCUAGUGUUCAAAAACCUCCAUGUUUAUGUAGCUGUUGAUUUGUCAUUGGCUGCAGCUGUUUGCCCUUGUAGCUCAAAGUUGGUCUAAAAAGGAUGGUCUUAUAUGGAACUAGCUCUAGCCUCUAGCCAUUGAUGACCAUGUACCACAUUUGUGGCUGUGGCUGCUGUUGCUAAGGGCUAGCAUAUGCUUUAUGCAUUUUAAUUUGGUGAGCAAGCCACAGUCGCUCAUCCGGAAAUGGCCUUUACUGCCAGACGGAGGCAGGAAUGAGAAAUAGUCUGGUUCUUUUCUGUAGCAACCAAUAUUAGCCACAGCGUGGUUACUGAUGUAAACCACCAAUCAUGAUAUAAAUAAUGUAUUGUAUAUUACAUUGUUCAGUGUAUGUGAAUUGAAUGUGUAAUUUGUAGGUUUUGAUCUUGAACAUUUGAGGCUUUAUUAUUGUGGUAAACAGCCGUCUGUUUGGGUAUAAGGUUCUUCAUGUUUGGGAGGGGGGAGGUAAUAGUGUUAGUACAUUGCAUCAAUGCGCCUUACACAUUUUAUCUAUACAUUAUUACAGGGGCAUUUCUUUUGGAGCAAUUGCCAAAGUGAAUUCCCGGAAUUCAAGAAUCCCAUGCUCUGUGAAGGUAUGAUUGGGUGUCCACUUUUCCACAUACAUGUACUUUAAUCCAAUUUCAUAUUCAGGCAAGGAUUGGAAAUUCCCUGUUUUUAAUGGCUUCAUUUUCCAUUUAAUGUUAAACCGAAGGUGUGUGUGUUUUUGUGUGUAGGUACCUGUAGAAGAUUUAUGUGCUUUACAAUUUAAGUAUCAUAUUAAAUCAUGUGUUGAUUACCCAUCUGCCAAAGGCAGUGUAUCUUGGUGUAAAGCCUUGUGUAUGCGAGUUAAACUCAGGCCAUCAUCAACGAUUUGUAAAACUUUGUACAUUUUAAUUUCUUAAUCAGAAAGAGUUUGUGCCAUGUGGGGUCUUUAUCUCUAGAUUGGUAUUCUUGACCGUCACACAUGGUAGAAUAUUGGCCGUUGGUUGCAGCCAUUCAUUCCUUAUUAGUGCUCAAUUAAAUGAGAAAAACACAUUUAGUUUUUAUAUUAUUUUUUACAAGACAGUGUGUAUGAAAUAUUGAUAGUACUUCAUGCAGUCUCAGCUGCAUUACACCAGUCUGGAAUGAUGUGCUUGUUGCACAAUGUGCUUUAAGACAAUGAUAAUGAGGUUUAUGUUAUGUAUGUGUGUAUCGAAAUGGUCACAAUAAACUGUGAAGAUAGGAAGAUGAAGAAUAGUGGUAGCACCUAAAGACUGAGAAAUGGGAGACUAUUGAGACACUGGUGGCAGCAGACAUAAAAGUUUUUUUUUUUACGGCUCUGAGUGCUCGUGCACAUGCUCAGUAUCGCGCGUGUAGGUCUGAGCAUGGCCUCUAUGGUCUGACCACUCGCACUACAGGCAAGAACUAAGAAGAAAAAAAACAAAAGUCUCCCAUUACAACAAAAGCUGCAAGAGCAGUACCAUUAUCUUCAUUGGCCUUGACAGCAAAGUAAUCUUGGUGCAAGACGUUCUUGUCGAGUAAAACCGUAAAACCAUAUGGCAUUUAUACACUCGACACUACACACAUUGCAGCAAGUUUUGUUCGUUGUGGUGGGUAAUCUGCAAAUUUUCCAACUUUACCGGCUAUGGUUCAACAGUAACGAUGUGCGCUGCGCGGAGCGGGGAAUCGCCUUAGUUGAGUGAUAAUGAAAAACAACAUCUUGCACCAAGAAUAUCAGCAAUGCUGAAGACAUAGCCAUCAAUGUAUCAUUCAUGUGCUUUUUGUAAAUUACAUGUCACCCACAAGUCAAAUAAAAGAACAACUCGGACACAAAUUGAAAUCUACACAUUUUUACUUCUGUCGUUCUUGUUUUCUUUCCGCUUAGGUACUUCUAAAGAGUCUGUCAUAUAAAGGGAAUAAUACAAACCCACUCCCUUCCCCUAAAUCCAGACAAUAGAAAGAAACACUCUCAGAAUUAAAAUAUGUUCAAAAAAUGUACAUACAUACAACAUAAAUACCAACACAAUCUAAUAUCUUUCCCACCGGUACCUGUCUCCUAUACACAAAAUCUCACUUGAACAUAAAAUGCACUCGGAUUUUGCUACAGAAUAGCUGGGUAAACAAAAAAUAACUAUAAGUGAAAUUAAUACAUGUGAGCUACUCCAGUUUGACAGGCAAUAGACUUAAAACCAACAUUAAGGUUGCAGCAAGUUAAGUUGAAGACUGGUCCAUGUACACAACUUGGAUUGUUAAAUCUUCUAAAUGAAAUGCACAUCUCUUGUGACUUGUUCCCUGCUUAUGUGUUGUAGCGCAUUGGUACAGUUAUUAAUGUGCUUGAACUUAUAAGAACUUGUAAUUUUUUUGUAUAGCAAAUAUACUGCCCUGCAAUACUUUUGUAUUUCAACAGCUUAAUGUAUUAGAUGAGGAAAACAGUUUUCCAGUAUAAAUGGUUAUUUAGAAAAUACCUGUAGCAUUUUAGAGGCAACAACAAAAAAUUAACUUACAAAAAUAAUAAUUCUCGACUGAAUUAACAUGUAACUUGUUUUACACAUUGGUGUGAUACAUUUUGUUUUAUAUAUUAUAUACAGUAACGAAAAACCAAAGACAAACAUUCAUGUGCCAAAAUGUACAUUAGUCUUUCCAUGAGAAGUAACAAGCCUUUUUUUAAAUUAAUUUCUGAAUCAUGAAAUACGGGUUUGCAGGACAUAAAAUUGGCUUGCAUUGAUGUGUUCAACAUAACCCAUUAUCUAUCAGAACACAGACCAAUCUAAUCCAAAUAUUAACAACUUGAUUUGUUUGAUCAUGUUAACCUGAGGACCGUCCGUAAUGGGAGUAUGUUUUGCACAGGGCAAGGCAUACCACAACAAUCAAAACCAUGCAGUGUUUUAAGGUCACUCACUUUUUUAAUUCAGUAAAGGUCAGCACUUUAAGGACAAUAAGCUUCGGUUGAACAUUCCAAAUGGGAAUAUUGGCAAUGACCAGCGGCAAGGAAGCAUUUUAUCUUCAUAUUAUACCUAUGUGUGCCAGGUAGAGAGAGCAUCCUGGACAGAAAUCUUGUUUCUUCUAAGCAAUAUCUGUCGGGCUCUAGCUGGUUAUUAAUUACAUAUUACUGAUAAUGAAACCAAGGAUAGCUCAUAAGUGAACUUAAUAACUGUAGCUGGCAUGCCUCUAAAAACCUGGUUUCAUUUUUUGGAAAUAUUUUUUUCAUUUAUUUUCAUUUUGUUUUACGAUCUUGUACUUAUGGAUUUCCCCCUAGAAAUUAAACAAAACAUGUAACUAUAACUUGCCUUUGUUUCCUCCAUGGCAAUAUUAGGUGUGAAGUUGAACUUUGAAAUAACCCAAAGGAGUUUGUGUUAUUUCUGGAUUUGAACUCCUUCCAACAAUGCUAAUUAACAUUAAAGUACAAAUAGCACAAACAUUCGUGACAAAAUAAGACGUUUCAUACUUCAGUGCAAAUGUACAGACAUAUGGAACAGAUGAAACUAUUUAAAAACAGUUCACAACGGCCCUCUGUUUUCACCAUUAAGAACCUCCAUCAAAGAAAAGAUCCACAAAAGAGUGGAAACUAGGACAAAAGUACAGUUCUUUCCCAAAUUGUCUGAGACAUAUAUAUUGUACAGUUCUACUGCAGGAAGAUUAAAAUGAUUUCACUAAAUGUUAGAAUUGGAAGAAUAUUAUGUACAGCAUGAGAAUUGAUGCAGACUUUUUGCUCGGUAUUUGAGGUAUACAUGCAGUUGUCAGGCAUUUUCUAUAGUAUCAAAUAACGAAUGCAAAUAAAUAGUAACAAAAAUGUGUUCUGCAAGGUUAAAGUACCUAGCGUAAGGCCUGGUUAAUACUACCUGCAAUGCGAUACAAAUUUUGAUGUCACAAAUUCGCAACAAACAAUUCACGUCAGUUGACUUAUGCUCAACUCCUGCAAACCAUUCGAUGCGAAAACAGCCAUGUUACAUACAAAUUUGUAUCGCAUUCGCAGUCGGUAUGAACCGGGCUAAUGCAGCUUGGCAUUUCGGCUACCAAGUAAAUUCGAGCUCAUCUCUGCACUUUCAAGCUCAUUUACUUUGUCGAAACAGCCCAAUCAACAGUUUCAGAACACUACUUUAUUAGUGGGUGCCGAGUAUGAUUCUUGAUGCCCAACAGCAACACUAGAGGGCACUCAUGUUCUGUUUGUUGACACCUGCCCCCCCCCCCCCCCCCC